AUGUGGACCCUGGUGAGCUGGGUGGCCUUAGUGACAGGGCUGGUGGCUGGAACACAGUGCCCAGACGGUCAGCUCUGCCCUGUGGCCUGCUGCCUGGACCUGAGAGGAGCUACCUACAGCUGCUGCAAUCCCGUUCCGGACAAGUGGCCCACGGCGCUGAGCCGGCAUCUGGGCACACCAUGCCAGACCAAUGCCCAUUGCUCUCCUGGCUACUCCUGCAUCCUCACUAUCUCGGGGACCUCCAGCUGCUGCCCGUUCCCAGAGGCCGUGUCAUGCGGGGAUGGCCACCACUGCUGCCCCCAGGGCUUCCACUGCAGUGCUGACGGGCGGUCCUGCUUCCAAAGAUCAGAUACCAAGCCCUUGGGUGCCGUCCAGUGCCCCGACAGACAGUUCGAAUGCCCCAACUCCUCCACAUGCUGCAGUAUGCCUGAUGGCUCGUGGGGAUGCUGCCCCAUGCCCCAGGCUUCUUGCUGUGAAGACAAGGUGCACUGCUGCCCUCAUGGCACCUCCUGUGACCUGGCUCGUGGCCUCUGCCUCACGGCCACAGGCACCCACCCCCUAGCAAAGAAGAUCCCUGCCCAAAAGACUAAAAGGCCAGUGGUCAUGUGCCCGGAUGCACAGUCCCAGUGCCCUGAUGGUUCUACCUGCUGCAAGCUGCCCAGUGGAAAGUAUGGCUGCUGCCCGAUGCCCAGUGCCAUCUGCUGCUCCGACCACCUGCACUGCUGCCCCCAGGACACUGUGUGUGACCUGAUCCAGAGUAAGUGCCUCUCCAAGGAGAAUGCUACGGACCUCCUCAUCAAGCUGCCCGCACACACAGUGCAGGAGGUGAAGUGUGACAUGGAGGUGAGCUGCCCCGACGACUACACCUGCUGCCGCCUGCUGUCCGGGGCCUGGGGCUGCUGCCCUUUUGCCCAGGCUGUGUGCUGUGAGGACCACGUGCACUGCUGCCCGGCUGGGUUUAGGUGUGACACAGAGAAGGGUACCUGUGAACAGGGGGCCCGCCGGGUGCCCUGGAUGAGGAAGGCCCCAGCCCACGUCAGCCUGCCGGACCCCCGAGCCGUGGAGAAUGAUGUCCCCUGUGAUAACAUCACCAGCUGUCCCUCCUCUAAUACCUGUUGUCGACUCACGUCUGGGGAGUGGGGCUGCUGUCCUGUCCCAGAGGCUGUCUGCUGCUCAGACCACCAGCACUGCUGCCCCCAGGGCUACACGUGUUUGGCCGGGGGGCACUGUAAGAGGGGGAACAAGGUGGUGACCGGACUGGCCAAGUUGCCUGCCCGCCAGGCUUCCCUGUCCCACUCCAGAGACAUGGGCUGUGACCAGCACACCAGCUGCCCGGUGGGGCAGACCUGCUGCCCAAGCCUGAGCGGGGGCUGGGCCUGCUGCCAGUUGCCACACGCCGUGUGCUGUGAGGACCGCCAGCACUGCUGCCCAGCUGGGUACACCUGCAACGUGAAGGCCCGAUCCUGCGAGAAAGAGGUGGACUCUGCCCGCCCUGCUGCCCACCUGGACCGCGGCUGGCACGUGGGUGUGGGGAAUGUGGACUGUGGGAAGGGGCACUUCUGCCACGAUAACCAAACCUGCUGCCGAGACAGCCGAGGGGGCUGGGCCUGCUGUCCCUACCGCCAGGGCAUGUGUUGUGCGGACAGGCGUCACUGCUGUCCCUCUGGCUUCCGCUGUGGGACCAAGGGCACCAAGUGUGUGCUCCGGGAAGCCGUGCGCUGGGAUGCUCCUCAGAGGGACCCGGCCCCGAGGCAGCUGCUGUGA